GAUAAUCAUGUCUGUCAUUGCUGUCAAUCCUAUCAAUGCUGCAUACUCCCUUGCUCCUUACAAUAGAACAGAUCAACACGAACUUGAAGUGGAUGUAGAAGGUUGUCUACCUUUUCGCAACAUUGCAAUCCUGCUGAUCGGUGGCGUUGGAAUCACCUGAUCCUUGCGCCGAGCUAGUACAGUAGUAAGAGAGCAGUCAAUAAUUACAUUUGCGACAGGGUGCUAAAUUGCAUGCAGAGGUUACAAAUAAGUCGAUGCAUGCCAUGUUCAGAAUGUUCGUCGUGGAGUUGGGAUCACCUGUGCAUUGUUUGGUAUCGUAUGAGAACAUUUCUCACGAAUGAGACUGCAGUUGUAGACCCGGCUAGCUAACUGUAUCCUACAAAAAAAUAUCAACUCCGGUACUGUCGGAUUUUCUCCUUACCUGUCCCCGAGCCUGUGCGACAAAAUAGGUUAUCAUGGUAGCGGUGUGUAAAGACGAUGUGCUGCUAUGGUUCAAGGAAUCCUCUGCCAGCAGUCGAGUGAAUGUCUACUCCGGCAUGCUGAAAUGCUGCACGCCGUUCGAGCUGAGAUACUUCUUCACACUGCUAGAGGACGCGCUCAAAGACUGCUACCAGUCGCUCCGGUCCGCAGAGCAGAAAGUGAACAAGUUCAUCACCUCACCUCCAGCAGCUAGCCCCAGGCACGUGGAGGCCGUGCAUCCGUGCGCGGCGGCGAAACUGUCGAAUGACGAGGAUCGCGCCAACCUGCUCGCCACGCUGGCCCUGCUGAAGGGCACAAACCACACCGUCGCCAGCCAACUCCUGUACCCGGUCCUGUCCACAAUCAAGAAAGAGUACGUGGCCAGCGAGAAUGACGCGCGCGAGGAGUUCCUACUCAUGCUCAACAUGGCAGCGAGCCAUCCGGCUUUCUCGUUCGCCGAGCGGCGGAUUUUCUGGGACAAGAUCGACACGUUGUGUGAGGCGGUAUCCGUGGCAACGCCGGGUAGCAAUGACCAUGAUCGAGGACUGCUCAAGAAAGAGAGGUGUCAAGAGGCGCGUACCAGUGUACUAAGCUUUAUGGACGACUGGGCGGACACCGGUACUACUAACUGGGCGGAGAGCGGCGAUGUAGUCCCGGACAUUAUCAUUGUCUCUGGCUGUCAGAAAAGCAAGGGAAGCGGCCGCUUCGACACCAUUCGUUUCGAAUACAUAUUCGAAGUGACUUGGUCGGAUGGCACGUUCAACCGGUGCUUCAAGACCUACAACGACCUCUUCCAGUUCCAGAACAAGCUUCUCAAUGAAAAUGCAGUGGCUGCUGGCAAAGGUGCCUCUCCCCGUAUUAUUCCUUUCCUGCCAGGCAAGAAGCUGCUGACAAAGGCAACGCGUGAGCUGGCCGAGAAGCGCCUUCCGGAGAUAGCAGAGUAUGCCCAGAAGCUCACCGAGCUGCCUCAGUACAUGCUGACCACUCCGCUCGUAGUGGACUUCUUCAACAGCGUCACGACGACCACCAGUGGUACAUCCAUUGCUGCUGUGGACGGCGGCGCCUUGGAAGACAGUCCUAUCACUGUCACUGCACUACCAGCCAGUGCCGGCAGUGGUGAUGCCGUCGGGGCGGCUACGCUGCUGAGCGGCGCCGGAGGUGAUUCCAAUGGCAGCUCGGUGUCCACCGCCACUAGCCAGCAUCACUCUCCGGACGGCCGUGAAGCAGCUGCUGCUGGUAGUGACAUUGCCGCCACUCCGGUGCUGAGCGGCGCUGAGUCCAGUGGUAGCUCUGCCGCCGCCACCUCCAAGGAUUCUCAGGACAGCUUGAUGACUAUCCACCAGUCUGAGGGAUCGCUGCAGGUCAGCGCAAACACGUCGCUGGCACGCCCGCGUGACCAGUCCUCGCUGCGUCCCGGCAGCACCAGGCCGGUGCCCAUCUCCAUCACGGAGGUGGACGAGGAGCACUGCGAACACCAGUGUGUUCCUCGUCUCGGCGGCGGUGUGGUCUACUUCAAGAAAGACCAGGUCAUGACCACCACGUCGCUGACCUUUUUGGAACAGUACGGAUCAGCGUCCAGGCUAGCCUCGGAAAAGUGCAGGCGGUCCUCGCCGUCGGGUUCAGGCAUGACUGGCACGGCAGAGUUGAUACAACUGGGUACAACUCUUCCGGACUCCAUCACCGCUGGCUCACUGGAACACGGUCUGUCGGGGAGAUCGUCGGUUGCCAGUCCGAGCGAUCUACCGUCCUCGCACGGCGAUGAUAGCUCAGGCCUCCUUCUGACGGAGCAUCGGCACACCGAGCCCACCCAGCGACGCCGCAUAUCUGCCUCGUCCUCGACGACGCUACUGAGUCGCACUGGCUCAUGCACCAGCCUAGCAUCGCGCACCAGUGCCAGCACCGAGGUGAAGACGUUCUCGUCCCUGCAGGACUGGCUGAGGGCGCUACGCCUGCACAAAUACUCCAGCACUCUGGAAGAGUACAACUUUAGCACGCUGAUGCGCCUGACAUCUGAGGAGUUGGAUGCCUUGGAGAUGACUGCUGGUGCUCGGUCCAAGUUAGUCAAUCAGAUCGAGUGGAUGAAGAAGAAUGACUGUGAUCAGUUUGCCAUACUGUACAGAGGUAUCGAAUCUGGAAAGAAGAACCGCAAUCGCGCUGGCUCCAUGGCCAGUAUGGAUCUGAGUGACAGUAGCUCGCAGGUAUCCGUAGGCGGAAUUCACUCGGGCGGCGGGGCGGCCCAAAAGCCUAGUCAAGACACACAGGCACCAAAGUCUAGCGUAUCACCUUCUUCCUCCGCAUGGUCUCUACCCGAUAUUGUCGGAGGUAGCGACUCACCGGCACACACAGCAGCAGUGACAGUAAGCAAGUCGUACGGAUACUGUCGGCCUGCUGGACCCAACGAGGGUUUCGACGACUCCUUCACAUUGCACCAUACCAACCCAUUCCUUUCCUCAACAAGCCUCGACAACAGCGACACAUCGUUUUUCGGGAGUCACAGCAGCAACCCGUUUCUGUCCUCGGCAAGCCAGGACUCCGUUCCACCAAUCAACAAUUCUACUACUCCACUGGGACAGCCCGGACAGCAAGGACAGUUCCCCGCCAAUGGCCAGAACAGACAUGAAGCGCCCGCACAGCCGCCGCAGCAGGCGCUCUGUUCAUCUCCACAGCUGAGUUCACACAGCCUGUCAUGGAGAAAUACCAGCGCAUGCAGUUCCGGCACGGAUCACACACCACAAGCUAUCAGAAAGCACUGACUUGAUACCAGCCAAGUCCUUGCCAUUACUGAGUUCAACCAGAGAGAGAGAGAAAAGCAACCCUUAUUUAGGAUCGUAUUUACCAACUACAUCUACAUUAGACUAGUUUGCGUCAACAAAUCCGGAAACAAUAUUAUUUAUUUAGGAGAGAGAGACACCUGUGCCCUGCCAGUUUCGAUCUGUAGCAUGUGUAUUUACGUAGAGCUUGGCUGCGCACAACACGUUUGAUUCCGCUGGCUGGAUCCACAUGACGCUGAGCGUCGCCGCGGUUACACAGACCAUUGACGCCCACAAAGCACGAUCAUGUGUCUCCUCCAUCUCCCCCCCCCCACACACACAUGCUUCUUUUGUUUCUCCCACAUACAUGUACUGACACAAACUCGAUGCUGGAGUGGCAUGCAUUGGACCUUUUUUCUUCGCCCUGCUUUCACAGAACUUACUCCUCGCCUGCACUUCCGUUACGAGUAAUGUUUUACGUCGUUCGCACAAUUUUAUUUUAUUAGGAGCACAUUGAAGAAGGAUACGUUUUAUUCUGAAUUGAGCAUAUAUUAUGUAGCUUGAAAGAUGACAGCACACGUCUAACUUAUACUAAGAUCUGUACUAACAAGAAGGUUUCCUCAGAGUUACCUCGCCCCUCGUAAAUUAUACGCUCACAAUCCGGACUACAUGUACCGGUAGCUAGCUGGCUAAACGGACUAGACAGUGCAGCCUAGCAUGCGCUGCUUGUUCGCUGUUUAUUUUCACUUUAAUCGCCACACUGCUGGGUAGAUAUCUGCGCGCUAUGUUUAUGAACUUGAUUUUAACCUUUCCUAAUUAAGUGCAGCUGCACUAGCUAGGCCAGACUUGCCUGCAGGCAAACUGAGCAUUACACUGACUGUAGAUUCAAGGCUUUCGUUUCUUAUCAGCAUUGGGCUGGCUGUGGAACCGAUCAGCGAAGCUUCCGAUUUGUAUCUUCGCACAAUUUUUUUCCGCAGGUUUUUGUAACCUAGAUUACAUUGCAUACCGGUACCGCAGGAUCGACUUGUGUGUACUUGUGUACCAGGCAAGACACGUAUUUUGUAUACAGUCA